AUGGCCCUGCUUUCGUCCAAAACGCUCAUCCAGGCACAUGCCGUACUUCUAAUUGUCAUUGCCGGAUAUCUAGUCAAGAAUCCGAAUUAUAUUACCGACUCCGACUUGGUGUUUAUGAUGGGCGAGGCCUUGAAGAUUGACUUCCCCGUCGCUACGAGUCCCGCCCAAUCCCCCUUCGUCUUCUGCUCCGUCCUCCUCUUCGCCGGAGCUCUGGUCGACAUGAUCCUCCUCUCCAGCCUCCCUUACCACGAAGCCCUGGAUGAGGCCCUGCCCUAUAUCCGACCUCUGCGAAACUCAAACCUGCCGGCCGAGGAUCUCCAAGCGCUGGCGAAGCUGCCCGAGUAUAUCACGCGGUCUCUGACAAUGUACUGGAACGUGUGGGUCAGUAUUUCCGCGCUGCGAUUCGCCCUGUACGGUGGCAUUUCGUUCUUCAUCUACCAGGCUCGUGGUAGCUACCUGCUGUCCUCUUAUACUUCCAAGAUGGAACCUUCCGGUUUGCAGCAACUGAAGAGUCGUGUUGUCUUCACGUACGCGUUCAUGGAGAUGAUGGUGUGGUUCUGGGUAUUCAUCACUUGUCGUGAAGAGCGUCAGCAAAAGUUGUCCAAGCUCUUGGAAGAUGCUCGCGAGGAGGCUAAAUAA